AUGAGUUAGCUAAAAAUAGAAGGAAAUAAAAACAGACCUCCUUCAGAGAUGGAAAUCAAAACUCUUAUCUUUGGAAAAAAGGGAGAUGAUUCAUUUGAAGAUGAGGAUAAAAAAUAAGUAGAGACACAAAAAGUUUUAUAAAUAUUAGAAUCCGAUGAAGAAGAUAAUAGUGGAAGUGGAAGUGGUAAAGAAAGCGGCGAAGGAUCUUAAAAUAGUGAUAAAGAGGAAAAAUAAAAUGAACAAGCACAAAAUGUUGAAGAGUAACAAGAAACUCACUCUUAAAAAAGGGCUAGAAAAAAGCAGUAAAAAAAAGAAGAAAAAAGACAGAGACUAAUGGAAUUGUUGGAGUUAAAUGAUGAAGAUGAUUUUAAUAUUGGAAAUAUGGAGAAUACUUAAAAGUCCAAAACAGAAACUAAUAAAACAAAUACAGUAACUGUGACAACAGUAAAUGGCUAGCAGAAAUUUACUAAAUAAGAUAAGCUAUCUGCAAUAGAAAAACUAGAUUAAAUUGAUAUGAAUGAUAAAUACAAUCAAAAGUUUAUGCCAAUCUAAGACUUUAAAGGAAUCGUUGAGGAAAGAGGUUGCACGAACAUAUUUUGUUUACUAGUUUGGAUUAUUUUAAACGGGGGUUUUUUUUUUUGUGCAGUAGUUAGCUUCAUGCAGGGAUAGCCUAAUAGACUUUCAAAUGGUAAUGAUUUUAGAGGAGAUAUAUGUGGUGUUGGAAUUUUAUCAGACAGAUAAUUCUAAUAUUUUGCAGCUGCUACUAUAGAUUUGAAAGUAUCUAUAUGUGUAUCUAAAUGUCCCUAAACAACUGGAUAAAGCAUAUGUCUUUACAAUUUGCAAGGAAUUAUUUAUCCUGAUGAAUGGCAGACUUUCUGUUAUUAGCAGCUUGCAUGUGAUAAUUUAGGAAGAUAUUGCAUGCCGAAAGAACCCUUAAAUAGACAGGCAGUAGAAGUUUAUCUAUCUACAACAAGAAAUACAGUCAAGAGACUUUCAUCAGAUUUAAAUUUGACUUUGGAUCUAAUUUGUAUCGGAGCAUUUUUGGGAGUUUUGUUAGCAUUUGCAUUUUAAUAUGUACUAAGGUAUGAAGAAAAAGUACCAUAUUUGAUUUGGGGUUGCAUUUGGGGAAGUGUAUUUUGCUUUUGCAUAAUUUCUUAUUUGUUUUAUGAAGAAUAUGUUAGACUAAUUAAAUUCAACUGUUUGCUCGGCAUUGAUAAACAUUCAUGUGGCGGUUCUCGUGCAUAUCUCUUUUAUACACUAUUUUGGGUAAUGCUGAUUGUUGCUGGAGUUUACCUGCUUAUUGUUAUUAAUCUUUUUAACAGAAUCAACUUAGCUAUAGGAUUCGUAAAGGCGUCUUCUAGAGUAAUAAAAGUUUUAAAUCAGCUUACAAUAGUACCUUUCUUCUCAGUAUUUUUCUAAGUAGCUGCAGGAGCAUUAACCGUUAUUUCUUGUAUUUAUGCGAUGACUAUUGGUUAAGUUGUUUAGGUUCCAACAGCAGCCUCAGCAAUUCAAAAUAAUGAGACAAAAGUUAUUGAGUAUAGCUCAUACUCAGUAUAUUUAAUAUUGUUUUUGUUUUAUAUGUUCUUCAAUUGGUAACUUUUUGCUCAUAAUGUUAACAACAUGAUUACUUCUUUCGCCCUAUGUAUCUGGUUUUUUGCAAAGAAGAAAGAUACUGUUGAAAUUCCUCUAAAAAUUACACUGAAGAGAAUUUUCAGAUAUCAUAUAGGAACUGUUUCUCUCUAUGUCCUGAUGAAACCUAUAUUUAUCAUUCCUAAAAUGCUUUUAGACCUUGUUAUUGCCAUAUUUAGAUAACUACCUUAAGGAAGUUAAUUUGUUAGAUAUAUUGAAGGAUGCUUUUGUUUUUGUAUAAACAUUUAUAGAUCCUUUUUAAGAUAUAUUUCAGUGAAUUGCUUUGUCCAAACAUGUCUAUUUGGAGAUGGAUAUGGAACUGCAUCCAAAAAAGCCUAUUUCUUAAUCAACAGGCAUAAAGAAAAACUAAAAGAUCUUGAUUUCUUAAUUAGUUUUAUGAUUUACCAAAUUAAACUAUGUUGUGCUCUGAUUAUUGCUGUAUUACUUUAUAUUAUAAUCAGGACUACAUCAUAUACACCUAUUCUCUAGAAUGACCUUUCUGAAGUAGAAACACCAAUUUUACCUGCUGGUGUUAUUUUUAUUAUUUGCUAUUAAAUAUCUGAUAUUUUCUAAGGUUCUUUUCACAUGGCUUGUAAGACUAUUAUUUAAUGUUACUUUAUAGACAAAGAAAUGUUUGUGGGUGAACAAAGAUUCGUUGAAAAAUUCAUUAGAGAUUUUAUGGAAUUUUAUGCUAAAGAAGACUUAAAUACAUUUAAAAUUAAGUCAGAGAAAGCAGCAGCAAUUACACAGAAAUUGAAAAAUAAAGAAAUUCUUGAGGCUAUUAAUAAAAAUUACUUUAACGAAUUCGAAGGAAAGACUAAACCAUUCGAAAAAAAGAAAAAAGAUGAUGAGGACGAAGAUAAUAGUGAUGAUGAAGAGGAUAACAGUAAAAAUAAAAAAUCUGAUUCAGACUCUUAUAUUAUUGAGGGAGAUGACGAUGAUGAUUCAGAUGAUUAAAAGGAUGACUUUAAUAUUGGAGGAAAUACAACCAAAGUUAUUUAAACUUAACCUGUUAGAAUUUAAUAAAGAAAAAAUACUGCAGGCUACAAUACAAGUAAUAUGUACAUAAACGAUAAUGCUUCUUCUGCUAAUGGAGAUACAGUUGCUUUAAAGAGAAUGGAUGAAACAUCUAUGAGAAGCAGUGGUGUUAGCUUCUUUGAUGGUAAAACCAAGAAUGAAACAUAGCAUCUAAUUAAUAAUGGCUCAGCGUUUAGUAUAAAUAAUGCUCCAACUCAAUAAAGACUAGGAACUGGUAAUAGCGAAACGAAGGUUAUUGAUCUUUCAAGAGGAGGAACAGCUAACAAUGGAAGACUUAAUUCAGGACCUAGAUUGUUUAUGGGCAAUAAGCUUCCUAAAAAUUAGUAGUGA